GCGGAGGAUGGAUGGAGCGUCUAUGGGUUUGAUUUCGGGACAUAGCAAGAUGUUCAAAUUAGCGGAUGGAAAGAUCGCAAAACGAUGUAGACUAAAUGAAAUUGAGUGCUACGAAAGUGCCUACUCCAGCAAUUUACCUAUUUUGAAGUUCUUCACACCCUAUUAUGGAUCAUGUAAUGAAGAGGAUAUUCACAAUACAAAGAAUAUAACCGCUUCUGUAUUUAAGGAUGAUCUGCAUGGAAGUGAAUCUGACGAAAGCGAAAAUUAUCACAGCCAUUUUAUUCUUUUAAAAGAUCUCGAAACUGAGUUCACUUAUUGUUGUCAACUGGAUGUAAAGCUUGGAACCCAAACCUACUGGGAUAAAGCAUCUCCAAUUAAGAUCGCUCGCCAUCAACUUACCUGUAAGCAAACUACAACGGGAAGCAUAGGAAUCCGACUUUGUGGACUUCGAAUGUACGACUUGUCUACACAUGAAUGGACCAUUCACAACAAAGCGUGGGGUAAACAAUUCUCCCCCGAAACGAUCGAAGAGGCGCUCUCUUCUUUCUUCUAUAAGGACAACCGCCUCCAACCCGCCCUUCUUCGCAGCGCGAUCGACCAAUUAUGCGAGCUGCGAAUUUAUGUGCGACAGUGCAACUGGAGGUUCUGGUCCUCCAGCGUUUUACUCACACGGAGCGCAGAGGCGAGUUCGUGUGUGAAGGUGCAUCUCAUUGAUUUUGGAAAUGGGAAUUUUUCUGGAAAAUACGAAUCUGCGGACGAAGGCUUCGUGUUUGGCCUCAGUAACCUUAUUGCUAUUUUCCGACACUUGUUAGUUCUAUCUUCAUGA